AUGACAAGCAUGGUAUACGAGGAGGUGACACUUCUGGACUGGCAGCACAGCUUGGUUUGCCCCAGGGAAAUCCUGGAGAAGCCUGGAGGUCGACGACAGCAAGUUGUGAGCAUUGUCAAGCAGGAGCACCGCUAUUACCGUGACCUGUACAUUCUGCUUGCGAGGGAGGACGGACAUGAGGCAGGAUACGUCAUGUAUCAAGUCCACAAGGGGAAGAGGAAGGAUGCCGUGCCGUCGGCGUACGUCGAGGUCAAGCAGAUUUUUGUUGAACCGGAGCUGCGCAAGCGUGGUUUGGGCAAGCUGUUGCUGGACGGCAUGAUGCAGGCCGUUGAAGGCCAGCAGUGCCACAACAUUCGUCUCAGCGUGAUCGAUUUGAACGAGGCGGCCACUAGGUGGUAUCGCGUGCAAGGCUUCGUUAUGAUUGGACUCGUUUGGGAAUAUGUCGGUCCGGCCGACAAUUCACAUCUGGUCGCUUACCAGGUCAUGCAGAAAUACUCUGUUGCCCCUCCACAACCUGUGGUGGAUCGUGCAACCUUUUUCCGGUCUGAGAUCAUUGGUGAGGUUGUGACCAUUACCUACCCAGAUGGCUCUGGUCCAUUUGACGUCACGAUCAGAGGCUGGAUAGAGUCGGACGAGCUGCACAUGGUGGACUCAAGGAGCCUUUCCGCUUGGAAGGGCAGCAGCUUCACCGAUCUCUUUGACUUCAACUUGGCUUUGAGGGAUGGGCGGGCCACAUUUCACAGGAAGCUUUCGCUUCUGUUGCGGGACGUCGAGAUGACCAAGGCUGUCGUCAGGCAGGCCAAGGAAAGAGAAAAGGAGCAGCGAGCUUCCAAAGUGAAGAAGGAGCAGCCAAUGCAAGCUAGUGCUCUGAGCAGACAGCCUUGA